GGGAACUCGUCCCUGGUUUUGUAUAUUUUUGGUUCUUUCGUUCUUCUCGUUCUCGUUAGGAUCUUCUUAAUUUUCUGGCUUAUUGUGGUUGUACAUCAUCGAUUUCGUUUUUCAUUCUGAUUCAAACUCUGUGUGCAUAGCUUCAGUCAUAAGCAACCUGCCACAAACUGCAUAGUCUGGAGGGAAAACUAUGCCAAAAAAGUCAGAAUGUGCUUUGUUGUUGGACAAGCCCCAUCAUGUAUACUUCUUUUGUUGUGUUGCUUCAUUGCUAGUAUUUUUGCCUUAAAUAACUCAGAGCCUUGCCUUUCAAACUGCCAGUGUUUGCCUAAUAUUUUAGAAUGCAAGGAUGUAGAUUUUAGUAAAAUCAACAUUCCGCAGGAUGUCAGAGUCCUAAAAUUAAUGAGAAUCCUGAUUCUUGAGCUAACAAAUAAAAGUCUUGGAAGUACAACGAAGUUAAAAGAAGUGGUACUCAAUGAAAAUGGAAUCACCCAUAUUGAUUUUAAUUUUUUUGAGAAUCACCAUCAGGUUGAAAUUUUGAAUGUGGCGGGCAACCAAAUUAAGGCUCUUGAUAGUGAAUUAUUUAGACCUUUGACGUUCUUGAAAACAGUGGUUUUCAAAUCAAACCACAUUAAAAAACUCCAUGAAAAUUUGUUUUACAAAGUUGAAGCCCUAGAAAUGAUAGAUUUUAGUGAUAAUCGAAUUGUGACACCGAUCACACGAUGCAUGCUCCGAGACCUCAAAGAACUGCGAUAUUUAGAUUUAUCCAGAAAUGAGAUUCCAUCCAUAGACUCAGAUGCCCUAGAAAAGAAUGAGCUCUUGCAGUAUGUGAAUAUAAGUCAUAAUAAAUUGGAAGAUGUCAAAACUCUCUUUGAAGAUCUGACAAUGCUUACAGAAUUAGAUUUAAGCUCCAAUCAAAUUAAAAUACUGGACAAAGAUGUUUUUGAAGACUGCUCAAGCUUGAGGAGACUGCUUCUAAAUAAUAACCGGAUUGAAUACCUGCCCUUGCUGGUCUUCCAGUAUUUAGAGAACCUAACGGAACUGAAGCUAAGUAAUAAUCCUUUGAAACAUCUUCCAACCGAUAUUUUCCAUCAGAACAAACGCAUUCAAUAUCUCAACAUUGACAAUAUAAAUAUUGUCCAUCUUCAAUAUGAAUUAUUCCAUGAUCUAAAAGAAAUGAAAAGCAUUGACAUCAGCAAUAACACAAUCUUGCAAAGCAUCGAUGAUGGUAUAUUUAUCAACAAACCUGAGUUACAUACAGUGAACCUUGCCUCUACAAAUAUUAGCAGGAUUCCUGUCUCUAUCUUGAGUUUAGACAACUUGAAAAAUUUAAAACUUGAAAACUUAAGGAUCAAAUGUGACUGCCGCUCUACAUGGCUGAUCAAGUUUUGGGAGAAGUUUAGCAAGGUCAAUCUGCAGUACACAAAUUUUCAAUGUAAAGAGGCUCUUCAAAUUAAUGUUGUAGAAUUUCUGAGCACGCUACGGUGCGAUGAGCCACAAAUUAUAUAUAACUCACCAUUAACAUAUUAUAUGCUGCUCUCUGGAGCCAUGCUAGACUGCUUGGCAGUUGGCCACCCAGAACCAACGAUUACUUGGUUCACGCCCAAUGGAAUUACAUUCCAUGAUCCAUUGUUCAAUGAAACAAAUCAUCCCAAAGUCCAUGACAACCAGCGUAUCGCAAUUGAAACAGACACCAUGAAUGUGAUGGCUAACGGAUCAUUGCACAUUAAAAAAGUACUGCGUGAGGAUGUUGGCAAUUACACGUGUUUUGUUCUGAAUAAAAACGGCAAUAUAUCAGCUGUGACAACCAUUCGUCUGGACCCAGACACAUUCAACAAGCGUCAAUUCAUGAGCUUUGCUGUUGGAAUUUUUUGUGCUGUGAUAUUCCUCACUGGAACUGUUGUCGUCCAUGCAAUUAUUUUUGUGUGCAAAAAGAUAUGCGGCAAGAGCAAAGAGGAGUCUCAGAAAACUGAUAUUCAUCAAAUGAUAGAGGCUGCCGAGCAGUACCGCUCUCAGCAACUUGAGAAAUUAAGGGAAAACUAUAUGGCCCAGAUCAAAAAGAUAGAAGAGGACUGCGCUCAACAGACAAAAUGGAUCUGGGAGAGCUAUCAUGGCCAAGUGAAGGAUUCAAAAGACACAAAAGAUUAUGGAGCUGGUCACAUUCCAUCCAUCAAAGAACAGUAUAAUGACCAAGUGCGCAAGGUACGUGAUUACACAACUUCUCAGUUAAGUAAAGUGCGCGAAAACUAUGUCUUCCAGCGGGACAAGAUCCGGAAAUUCAGCGCCCACCAAGUGCUAAGGUUCAGGGAGAACUGUAAGUACCAACAGCAAGCUCUGAACAAAGUCUUGGAAAACUUCAAUAUUGAUAACUGCAAGAACGGUUGCGGCCAGUCAACGUCUGAGAUCAACUUCAGCAGUGACCGAGACGUCGGAGAAAUUGUAGCUUCAAGUAAAUGCCAUACUUUGGAGGGUAGUCACCCAAUAGAUGAACUUCUGAGUUCAUGUAAUGAGGGUGAUGCAAAAUUGGGUGAAACCAAGUGCCCGAUUUUAAAGUGUCGUGAGUCUGGUAGCUGUUUUUCAAUUUAUUACACACCAACCAACACAACCAAUAGUCCACUUACUCCACGUGUCCUCAACCGGAGGGAUGACACACAACCUUGUCACUCUGAUGAUGACAAACUUUUACCUCUACUAGCUCAAGCUGAUGAUAAUCUUCCAAUUCAAUUAGAAUUAAAGUCUAGGCACAAUUCAAUUGUGUCCAUCCACUAUUUAGGUACUUCAUCUGUUGAUGAAAAUAAAUUAGCGCCCGAACAAAAUCAAAGACUUUUAGAAACUGACUCAAUGAAAGGUCAGUCUAAUACUGUUCCCACUUUAGCCUCCAAGUCAGUUGAUAUUAAUCCAAGCGAAUGCUCAAGUGCUUAAAAAGUCAGUUUCGUUUUAAUGAAGCUCUUUGUUCCCUCUACUCUUUCAAGAGAUCUGAUUUCUUGUGAUUACUUUUUCUAGGGCAGGGUUUAACCUAUAAGACUUUAGAGCUUUAUUUAAAUCAAUAGAGCAGUUAAUCGUUAUUUUAAAUUUGUAGGCGCAGUAGGACCUUAUUUAUCAAGGCUUAAUUGAAAUGAGUGUCAACAAAAACGCUGAUUAAUCUGAGGUUGGGUCAAAAGUCUGCGUGGGAUUUUGAAGAGAAAACAUAUAAUUGAAUACUCAGAGUACCUUGUCUAGUGGUCCAUUAAUCAUUAUGAGGAUGUUGAAUCAAGGAAGUACAGCCCAAAAGCUGGAUGUUAAGUACUUUGGCGAAGUUUAAGAUGAUUAGCCAAAAAAAAUUUCGGAACUGUACCUAUCACCCAUGAGUUUCAAAAAUAUGAGCAAAAAUCCGGAAGAUGAACUGUGAAAAUGCAAAUCCCUUUAACACAGGUAAACUAAAGUUAUUUCCAACAAAUAGGGUAAGCAGUUCAGAACCUUCCAGCGUUUUUCCAUAAUACCUCUAAAGGCCUGAACUUGUUUGAGCCUGUUCCUGAUUGGACGUAUUAACCUUAAAACGAAGGAGUAAGUCUUAUCAUUAAUUUAACUGCACUGUUAAAGUACUUAAGCCAUAAAAGUGGAGAUGGGGGAAGUAGAUGUGCAAUGUUUUUAUUUUAUACAGGCUGUAUAAACUAUUCAAGAAAUGUGUAAUUAUUUUUAAUGGUCCCUCUCAUUGUGAAAGAACCUUUUUAGUUAGAAAUUUUAUUUUUCACUUGCUAGAGAAUUUUUCACUCUCAUUUUAACCCCGAUGAAUUAAAAAAAAAAAUUGAAUUUUAUUGGUACCAUAAUUAUUAAAAGUGCUGUGAGAGAAUGAUCAUGACAAGCUCAUAAAAAUAGCUAAUGGAGAAAUUAAGAGAUUUUGUUCAGCUGGAAGCAAAUUUUUAAGUCUAGAAGAAGAUGUAGGAAACCUUCGAGUUUCUUUGGAGGUAAAUUUUUGUUUUCUAUAGGGUUUUUCAUAUUAUGAUAGUGUAACUGC